CUGGAGGGGCGUGGCCAGAACUCAGUGGUUUCGCUCGAGCGCUACGCCGCCAAAGCCGCUGUCUUGGAGAAUCGAGUGAGUGACAGCUGUGGUGGUGGCGAACGCGGGUGGAAGGUUAUUGAACUGGGUAACUGCCUUGGCCCCUGGCUUAUUAAACACGAGGGAACUACUCCUUACUGCUCCCAUCAGUAUUUUGUACCAGCAGGUGAGCCAGUACAGAUACGCAGCAUACGUCAACAGACUGCCUGGUUGUUAUUUCUUUACCAUACUGUAUUCCCUCAAAAUAAAGAUGUAACUUCUUAUCAAGCUCCAGAGGUUCAGGAUUAUAGCCCCGUUGAACCACACUGCCUAUCCUAAUCCCAUUAUCUUCUUGAUUUCUACCCAACCAGCUGAUGAACUUGCUUGGCCUCAUGUUACUACAUUUAUUGACAUCAGAGAUGAGGAAUUAUUACUGCACUAGACUGAAAUAAUGAAAUUGCUUCUGUGAAAGUACUUUGAAGUGAGCUACGUCUGAAAACAUUUCAUUUAAGUCUUGUAGGAGCAGAGUUCAUUAAUCACAUGAAUGAAUUACAAGGCUGUCAACAACUGCUACAGAUGACUCUCAAGGCAUUCACAAAAGAUGUCUUCUGUUACUGAAAAUGGAAAUUCUACAACUGAAUCACAAAAUGAAGAAAAAACAUAUAAAAAGACAACGUCUUCGGCGAUAAAGGGAACCAUCCAGCUGGGAAUAGGUUACACAGUAGGAAAUCUCACAUCAAAACCAGACAGAGAUGUACUUAUGCAAGAUUUCUAUGUAGUGGAAAGUGUAUUUUUACCAAGGGAAGGCAGUAACCUCACUCCUGCUCAUCAUUAUCCGGAUUUCAGAUUUAAGACUUAUGCUCCACUGGCAUUUCGUUACUUCAGAGAUCUUUUCGGUAUCAGGGCAGAUAACUACUUGUACUCAAUAUGCAAAGAACCUCUAAUAGAACUUUCCAAUCCCGGUGCUAGUGGGUCCUUAUUCUUUCUAACAAGUGAUGAUGAGUUCAUCAUUAAGACGGUCGAACACAAAGAAGCAGAAUUUCUGCAGAAGCUGCUGCCAGGUUAUUAUAUGAAUUUAAACCAAAAUCCUAGGACUCUGUUACCAAAAUUUUAUGGACUGUACUGCGUCCAUUCUGGAGGCACAAAUAUUAGAAUCGUGGUCAUGAACAAUGUUUUGCCACGUGCUGUGAAAAUGCACUACAUGUAUGAUUUGAAAGGUUCAACUUACAAGCGCAGAGCCUCCAGAAAGGAAAGAGAUAAAACAAGCCCCACCUUCAAAGACCUGGAUUUCAUACAAGACAUGCAAGAAGGACUGUACUUUGAAAAUGAAAUGUACACUGCACUGAUGAAAACACUGCAGAGGGAUUGUCGAGUGCUGGAAAGCUUUAAAAUAAUGGACUACAGCCUUCUUCUUGGGAUACAUGUAUUAGACCAAACCUCAAAGGAGAAGGAUGGAGAGACAUCAGAUGGAAGAAGACACGGAGGACUGAAAGUCCUGUACUCCACUGCAAUGGAAUCAAUCCAGGGCACAGCCGUGGCAUCUGAUACAGAGAAUACAAUGGGAGGUAUACCAGCUAAAACCCAUAAGGGAGAAAGGCUGCUUCUCUUCAUGGGCAUUAUUGAUAUUCUGCAGUCAUACAGGCUAAUGAAGAAGUUGGAGCACUCGUGGAAAGCUCUGGUGUAUGAUGGAGAUGCUGUUUCAGUCCACAGACCUAAUUUCUAUGCUGACAGAUUUUUGAAAUUUAUGAGCACUAAAGUUUUUAAAAAGAUUCAGCCUUUCAGAUCUUCACCUUCAAAGAGAGGACGGAACUCCAUUCCAGUCCCAAAGAGUGCUUCCCAAGAAAUUGUGUUUUCCACAAAUCAGGAACGAUCAGAGGGAAAAAAUGACAGACGAAGUGGGGCUAUGAGCCUUACCAGCCUAAAUCAUGAUGGUUCUUUUCACCACCCAGACCUUCUAACCAGUUCGCCAUCCCUUUUUGAAGCAGAUUCCUUAGCAACGACAAUCUCUUCUUCUUCACUGUACAUUGGUGACCAGUAUCAACAUGAAGACAGCAUACAUUUCUCUAGAAGGGUGGAAUUUCCUUCAAGUUCGACGUUUACAUUAGAAGACAGUGCCAUCUGCCUGAAUUCUGAACAGAGCACUCCAGAAGUAGAGAACGAUGACAGUACAUCUGUGCUGGAUGUGUACUUAGUUCAUCAAAACACAUCUCAAAACUAAUUGGACACAGCCAUUAGAAGCAUAACGUUAGAUUAAUGUGAACCAAAAUGGAACACAGAACACUUUUUGGUGCUCCAGUGUUUACAGUGCUAUGGAAAGAAUGCUGGUGGUGUCACAGUGCGUAAAGAGCUCGGCCACUAAGACCCUUCACAGUCCGUGAUUCAUAUAACAGUGUCACACUUCCAUGUCACUUACAGAGGCCUGUCGAGUUACAGAUGUGCUGCACAUUCCAGCUUUUGUGUACGUGAGCGAUUGCCAAUCAGUUCUGAACUGCAAGCUACUGUCAUUUUUCCCCUUAUACAGUCUCAGAAAUGCAUCUGUGUGUGUACUGACAGUGCAUUUAAAGUAGGAUGUCUUAUUCAGCUUUAGAUUAAUUUAAAUGUGCACAAAUAAUGCGUAAAUAAAAAUCCAAACUAUUUUCUUUCUACAUUCCUUUUCCUCCAGAGUAUUUUCAAAAUGGUUAAUGUGUUCUGUCAUUUCAAGUUUUACAUGAUUUCAUACACCAUUGAUAUGGUUAUCUGCAAACUAUUGUUGCUUGUGAAAUAAAAAGUUUCAGUGUAUUUGAGAUGAAAAGGCUACUUACUAUAUAUGGUAGCUGUACUGCAGUCUUAUGUGUUGUACAUAAAUGUCUGGAUCGUAAGUGAAUAUUCACUACAUCUAAAAAACAAAUUAUAUAAUUUAUUUACUAGUAUGUACACACAUAUAGUUUUAUGAAUGGCAAAAUUAAAAUAUUUUAUUCUCAAAAAGUGUAUAUUUAAAAUUAAAAGUCCACAUGCUCCCUUUGAA